AUGGCGAUGAACAUUCCGAAGUCCGGCUACAAUCGUUUUAUGAAAGAAGGGGCACAGCACUUCAAAGGUACUGAUGAGGCUGUGCUGCGAAAUAUUGAGGCUUGUGUGGAAUUGGCGUCACAGCUGAGAUCAGCUUAUGGACCAAAUGGCAUGAACAAAAUGGUUAUCAAUCACAUCGAGAAAUUGUUCGUAACAAAUGAUGCCGCUACAAUUCUGAAAGAGCUCGAUAUACAACAUCCGGCUGCUAAAAUUAUAAUUAUGGCAAGUCAAAUGCAGGAGAAGCAGGUGGGAGACAACACAAACACUGUGGUAGUGCUGGCCGCUGCUCUUCUUGAACAUGCCGCUCAGCUAAUCAGCAUGAAGUUGCUUCUGGAUACGAACAGGCAGCCGAGAAAGGCGCUUGAUAUUCUUCCAAACCUGGUGAUCAAGGAGGCAACAGAUCUAAGAGACAUUUCAACGGUUAAGAAGCUUCUACGCUCUGCAAUAACCUCAAAGCAAUACGAUAAUGAAGAGGUCAUUGCUGAUUUAGUGUCGAAAGCUUGUGUGCUGACAGUGCCAAAAAACAGUUUCAAUUUCAACGUCGAUAAUAUCAGAAUCUGUAAAAUUUUGGGAUCAGGCGUGAGUACAUCAAUGGGUACUGUCCUGAUAGAGAAUGCAGAGGAACUUAUGGGCUUUGCAAAGGGAGAAGAAAGUGAAGUGGAAAACCAAGUGAAGGCUCUUGCGGACAGCGGAGUUCAGGUUGUUGUUGCUGCUGGCAAGUUUGGUGAUUUGUACUUGCAUUUCCUCAACAAAUAUAAAAUCAUGGCAGUUAGGCUCACAUCAAAGUUUGACCUACGUCGCCUGUGUCGAACUGUGGGUGCGCAAGCGCAAGCGAGAAUUUGUGCUCCAGCUGUUAAUUUGCUGGGAACUUGUGACUCAGUUCAUGUGAAGGAAAUCGGUGAUGAAAACGUGGUGGUUUUCGACAACAAGGGAGAAAGAGGAAAUGUAGCUACUAUCAUAAUUCGUGGGUCAAGCCAAUCUCGCAUAGAUGAUGUUGAGCGAGCUGUAGAUGAUGCAGUGAAUACAUAUAAAUGCCUUACCAAGGACGGCAGGCUUCAUUCCUGCGCCUGCGCUGUCGAAAUCGCAAUAGCUCGUCAAAUUCUGAGAUCCUUACCAGGUGAAAAGUGUUCAGGGCUGGAACAGUAUGCUAUCAAGAAGUUCGCUUAUGCCCUUGAAACCCUGCCAAAAUGUCUGGCUGAGAACGCAGGCAUCAAUCUACGGAUAAUCCUUACGAAGUUAUACGAGCUCAUGAAUCUGGACAACAAAAUGCCGGCAUUGAUAUUUGGAAGCAUG